AUGGAAAAAGUCAGGAAAACCUUCUUCGAUCCGCUCGCAUCGUCCAAGGCUCGCGUUCGUGAGAUCCUAGAGGAGCUUCCAGUCGGCUCUGCACACCCUUUCAGUCCUGAGCGUCUGCUUCUUUGUCGAACAGACAAUGGUAUUGAAGAAAUCGAUAUUUCUUCCUACCCGGAAGACUACUUUUUCAAUGCAGUCGAUCUGGGUGAGAUGGGCGAGACCCUUUUAAGGCGAAUGGCUGGCUUCAAGUCUCACCUAGGCGUUUUCGAGGACUUUCAGAUCAUGCAAGCACCAGCCUCUACAUUCAAGAUCCCCAUAGUCUCAGACCAAAUUACAAUCUUAGCAGUCUCCGAACGAACUCCCACCUACUACGAUUUCUGCUUCGCUGAUGCGUUAUGCAACGCUUGUUGCUGGCUUGCGAGAAACACUUUCCCCGGAAUUUCUCAUAGUGGUGACAUUCUCAACGGACAGGAUCUUCUCGAUUAUGUCAAGAUCAACAAAGACACCCUCACAGAGAAAGACAUCUGCGUCUUCAUCUCUGGCUAUCAAUCUACCCUCAUAACAAGGUUUCUGGGGACAAACCCUGCGUUGCUUGUUGCUGAUCAUGUUGAGAAGGUUCUUUACAUCAUUCCGGUUCCCUUGGAUGCAGCGACAAUUGGAAACGCGACCAUCUGUUGCCCGCUGGUGAUAAAAAGAGAUGGAGACUCCCUUAUCUGUUCCAUUUUGCCAAAGGCAACUACAGAUUGUGGCAUGAUGUGUCACAGUAAUAAGUUGAUAAGCGCUUGCUUUCCGGAAGCAAUUCAGCGCGCUGACUUUACCAUCUCUGCUCCUUCAGUCACUCGCCGAAAUGUCACUAUGUUGAGAGACUCCCCCGACGAGGGAACAAGCUUGAACUCAACUACCCUGGACUGGAUGACCAAAGAGAACGCGCUUUUCAUUUCCGAUUCCUCUACUCUUCCUACCUUCAUCGAUCUGAAGGAUACACAGAUCAUACGCUUCGGGACCGGAAUAGAGUUCGAGGUGCCCGACAAAAGGCUUGCUUCGAAAUCUGAGCCAUCUGCCGUGGUUUUGCCAUGCAUUUUUGGUUCCCAACUGCAAGGCCCAGUGUUACUGGCCACAGGAACAUGCCCAAUUAACAUUCCCUUCACCGACGAACUUGCUAUCCGAAAUUACUACAAGGAACUUAAGAGUGCUGUAGUUAUCGUCGACGACCGGAUGACUGAUAAUGCCCGCAACCUCGCAAGUGUGUACAGAAUCAACGCAUUGUUCAUCGUGCAGCUCAGGCCAGAAAACCAACCCGGAAAUACGGAAGAAAUCCUGGCGUUGUUGAAUUCAACGAACAUCAAUGCGGUGACAGCACUCGCAGGACCACAGUCCUUGGUUCUGGUUCAAAUCGCCGAGAAGUAUUACUUCUACCGCGGCCUUGCUAAUCGGGCGCACAUGAAUACGUCGCGAAUAGAAUUUGGCACAGAUGUGACGUCCAUUGUCGAGACUGUCGAUGUCAAAUAUUUACUGGAUCCGAGGAUUGAGCGCAUUGCAAACCUUGGCCAUGCAACCCCGAUUAUAUUGCCCACUUCAGGGCAUUUCGUCCAGCCCAAACAUCUUGAGAAGGUAUUCGACGACCUUUCGUUCGACCAAAUUCAUGAGCUGGAAGAGGACAUAAAAGCAGCGAUUCCCCAGCUACAGAUGCUCUUGAAUCAAAAAGAUCUACAGGAACUUUCCAAGGCCUUAGUGUCUGCACUCUCGACAAAGAUCAGCAAAAUGACGGCUCCGUUGAGGAACAGCUACACUAAAUUCCUGACCCAAGAGCACAACGCAGCCAAUCCAGAAUCAGUGAGAAAGAAGACUGAUAUGUUUGGAAAACUGAGAAAGAUAACCAAAGAGAUACAAGUGGCUCUCGAGCCACUGAUCUCAAGCUUGGCCAACAUGAUAUCGUCUCAAACAACUUCGAAGCGAACCCACGAUCUCAAGAGACUCGUUCGUCAAACACAAAUUCAGGGUAAUGUCGAUGCUGUGAAGUCCAUGACUUUCAAUACACUGGCGGGGUACCUUGAGACACAUGCAGGUGAUAUGGGUGUCAUGCUAUUGAAUAUCGAGACAACAUCCUAUCACAAGCUGCUACGCAAUCUGAACAGCCAAGCCAUCGAUGCUAGUCCAUGCUGCGAUCUUGACUCAAGAAUUCUACAUCUCGAAGGAUUUGACGCAGGAAUCAUCAUAGAGCAGUCUCAGACCCACCAUAACGGUCCACUUCAAAGCCAAGUCGGACCAUCGCACCCAAUUUUGGCGUUGCCAUACCUGAGCCAAGGAUCAGGAACAGGAUCGAUGUUAGCCUGGGUCUGCUGGGAUGAAUUUGUGAACCUCAAAAGCCCUUACACCGUGAGAUGGAUGGAGAAGUGCAACGAGCAACAUAUUGCCGCCUUAAGGAUCAUCAUGAGAUCCACUCUUAGCCAAGCAGUAGCUUCCAGAGAGCAUGACAUCCAGUCUAGCAGCCCAGAGACCGGUCAUCUCAUGAGCGCGUUGUUGAUGGCCGCCAUGGGGAAGCUUGCGGCGAUGAGGACGACUACGCCAGUUGUGUCAGAGGAAGCCGAGGACACAGUCACAAGAUUGAUGCGAGGACUCUUUGGUAACCUUUUGACAAUCGCAGGCUCAGGAGUGCGUCCUCUUAGCAUGGUCUGGCAGCUGUUUGGUCUGAAUCCGCAAUACGAGCUUCCAAGAACAGGCAUUGAGUGGAUCUGGUACGAAACCGUCGUCGCCUUGUAUCCUUACACCGGCUGGCCUCUCCAGCAAUUCUAUGAAAAUUUGGAGAAACUCCUUGACAAGGCUAUUGUCCGGGUUGUUACCAAGAACGAAAACCUUACUGCAGUCAAAUCAAGUCGUGCAGAUGAGAUGAUCAAGUUCUGCAAGCUUCGAAACAUUCAGCUUGAACAUUCUCGCACCAUCAUCACCGCUUUCAUGGGAAUGCUUACAAUAAACGAUAUUAAUACCGCAGCCGCGGCAGCCCGUCUGCUGGAGAAACUUCCACAUCAAUUAGAGAAGCAGAGUCGGGGUUACCACGACAUGAUCAGAUAUCUCAAACAUCUCGCCCAUGGGGGUGAGCGACGCACUCACGAUGACAUGAUUGCCGCCAACAUCUACACUACACGCUCAGCUACAUUUAGCAAACUCAAGACCAAGGUGUCAGAAGCGUGCAAAAGCAGUGACUGGGCUAAUGUGAAGCAUUUCUGCGAGAAGGUUGUGGACAAACACGCCAGCAUCGCUUCCCUCUGGCGCGUCAAGCCUGCAUCCUUGAAAGUUCAGAACGUAAAAGUGUACAAUGAUCUUCUGAACGCAGAUUUCGGAGAUAACAUCGACGAAACUACCAAGACAAGAAAUCUAGAACUCACCAGGCAAGUCCUGGGCGAUGCAGAAACACGCCGUGUUCCUUGGCAAGUUGGCAAGAAAGGACAGUAUGGUCACUCGAUUGAGCCUCUCGAUAAGGAUUUCAUUCACGAAAUUCUGACGGGAGAAAAGUCCGCAUCCCUCGCAGCUGUUAAUUCAAACGAGAAAUCAGGCUCAGACACAACGGCUUUGAGGAAAACAAAGGCAGAAGAUCAAUUCGCACAGUUCAAAUCGUCACUGCAGUCCACCUUCAUCAACACGAUGCAGAGUGAGCUUUCUGCUGAAGAAGUCUGCAAGAUAAUGAAUGUUUCUGUCAGUGCGAUGCGCGUUUUCAUCAAGGCACUGAAUCCGGAGUUUGUGUGGGAAGAUUUAGGAGAGAACUUCAAGGACACGAUUCUGGGGUUGUUGAAAGAUCGUUCGAAUCGGGCCGAAAGCCGGCCUACUAAGAAGUUGCUGGAUCUGGGGACUGAUAAGGGGAAAUUGCAGGUUGAAGGAUGA